AUGUCGCCAGUUGCACACAACGUCUUGUACAACACCGACCUCCUCUCCUGCAUAUUCUCCGAACUCGUGCUCCCCGUUCCCGCCACAAAGUUGGAAGAAGAAACUCGACUCAGGGCAGAUGGGAAAACACUCGCAACGGCAGCACGCGUGUGCAAGACGUUCUCCGAACCCGCUCUCCGAACCCUUUGGUGGUCCCUUCCCGACCUGAUGCCGCUGUGGCGCCUCCUUGGCCCGCUAGACCUUCUCACGGAACCCAACGUACCUGCAGAGCUCAGCAGCCUACCGGGAAAAUAUGUUCUCUCCGGGUCCAGAGAGGUCACACCUGAGCAAUGGGCGCGCUUCCGUGAAUACGCUGCGCGCGUGCGAAUAGUCCGCCAGGACCCGCAGUUCGGCACUUCUCCUCUGCACUACUCCGUCUGGCAGCUUCUUACAUACGAGCUCCGCGGUGUACCCUUCCUACCACGCCUCCAUACCCUUUGCUGGAACGUCACCGACCCCUAUGACAACACCCUCCUCAUGAUCUUUCCACCGACUGCUGCUGCGCUCGCAAUCGACUUCAAAGAUCCAUACCAUGACCCUCUUGACCUCGAAGAAGACGACGACGACAUGGCUGAGGAUGUUCCAGAGAACUGGGGAACACCCGCGCAGCAGAAAGACGCCAUCGCGCGCUUGCUACGGACGGUUUGCACGAACGCGCCGCGACUCACCGACCUCACACUAUCGAGAUACAAGCAUACCGUGCCCCUCCUACGCGACAUUCUUCCACUUUUACCAGGUCUCCGGCGGCUGGAUCUCUCGGCUACCUCCCCUGUGGUCGUAGCAACACUACGCGCACUCGCGGGCAUGAACACCCUCGAGACACUCACCAACGUACCUAUCAAGAACGCGCGGAUUGACGGCGCCUUCUCUGGUUUCCCCGCGCUGAAAACGCUUAGCGUCUCAGGAGGCGUGCAGGACGUUGUGCAGCUACUCACCGCCAUCGAGUCCCGGCUUACGUCCCUCGCGAUCACGUCGCACCAUUCCGCCAUGGACUGGCAGGCCGCGUUUCCCCGUAUAGAGGGCAAGCUCUCCACCCUCACUGCGUUCGGUAUCCACAUCGACUCAUGCGAUACGGAUUUGCCCGACCCGGAUGGCAUGAUCGGCAAUAACGAAGAUGUAGAGCUCCCAGAAUUCCUCGCGGGCCUCAACGCCCCGCUCGCGCAAGUCCAAAACCUGCGACUGUCCUUCGACAACAUUAUCAUGCACUGCAACGACCACAAGCUGGCUCAAGCCGCCCAAAUGUUCCCCUACCUCACCCGUUUCGAGCUCAUUGUGCGGGGAUCAUGGGAAUAUCCGACCAUCGCCUCGGCCAUCGCGUUCGCGCAGCACUGCCCGCGUCUGGAGACACUCCUCCUCCCAAACCCUCACAACAAUUCCAAGGACGUCCUUGCAGCCCUCCGUCCUUCUGCCCCGGUGCACACUGCGCUCCGCGUGUUCUGCGUGCUCGAUAUGGGUGAUAUCAAGAUCGCGGCGCGUGACGUGCCGCUGCUAGGCGCCGUCCUCGCCGCGGUAUUCCCGUCGUUGGAUGUACGGGCGUGCGCGGAUCCCCCGCGGACGUGGCUGCACCAUGACAGGGAUUCCCCGUGGGUCUACCCUGAAGCCGACGUACGUAAAUUGCGGCGAAAGAGGUGGAAGUCGGGGCUGGCGACCUGGAAGCGUGUGUUGCAAGCGGUAGCGGCUUCGCGCUGCACAGAGGAACCUCAGCAGACGAACCUAGCAUGA